GUCGCUGCAGUGAAGCUGUUCUUCUUCCUCUGCAUCUUCCUCCACGGGCGGGCUCAUCUGCGACAUCGCGCAGAGCUCGCAGAGCUGUAUGCCAGCGGCUUCAAAGCAGUCACUGCCGAGCAGAAGCGCCGCGAGCUGCCUCUUUUUGCGCAGUGCCACACAGACUGGUACUACUCCGUCGGGGACGAGUUCCGAAAGUGCCAGCCACAAGCGCGCGUAGUACAUGGCCUUGAACAUCUCAGGCGCAAUUUGCGCAAAAAGCAGGUGCGGACAAGGCAGGGCAUCACCACCAGGAACCCCAGACUGACGAAGAGGCCCAUUGAGGGGGCCAUCAAAAUCAUCAACAUGGCAGCUGGCAUGCCGACUCUCACCAUGUUCAAUCUUGUCAUCACCACCAUGCUGCAGCGGGCGCGCUACAUAUGGCAAGAAGAAGCAUGGGCUGCCUUCUUCGAGCGUCAAUACCUUCGCCGCGGCAAGGUCUCCGAGGAAUACGGUGUCACGGAGGCAUACAGUGCGACAUGGUGGCACGGGAUCGGCAGUUGGGUAAGCCCUGGGCACGGUCCGAGCCAGCAAAUGGCAGAACAGAUGAAUGGCCACUUCAAGAGGCUGAUGGGCAAGUGUGAGCAAGAGACGCAAAUGGAUACUGUGCGGCGGAUUGAGAAGGCCAUUGCUCUGUGGGCGGCUGAGCCGACUGGCGAGGAGAGCGAUUACUCCCUCAUGGCGCCGCUAGGAGAUUUGUCCACAUCCCCGCGGUCGCCAGAUGAUUACAUGCUGACGGACGCCCUUCACUCUGUAUACAAUGCUGACUUGGGACGCAAUGAAACGCUGCCUGGCAUCUUCAGAGUGUUGGAGGCGCACCGCCUCAACGAGGGUCGUACCAUCUCCACCAGGAAGGUUGGGAGGGUCACCAUGCACCUCAUGGCGGUCGGCGCGCCGCAGGAGUUGGACCCUGCUUUGAGCGCCAGGCUGUAUAAGGAGCUCCACGCCAAGCGCUUCA